UGGGGAAGAGUGUGUCAGAAAACAGUUUAGUGGGAAACUUCCUGUUGGGACGAGCAGCGUUUGACAGUGAAGCUCCUCCAGAUGUUGUAGAGAGAGUCAGAGGAAGAUUGAAGGACAGACAUGUGAUGGUCAUCAACAGUCCUCAGCUGCUCCAGACAAACAUCUCAGAUCAUCAGAUCACACAGAAAGUGAGAGAGUGUGUGUCUCUGUCUGAUCCAGGACCUCAUGUGAUCGUUCUGCUCCUCAAACAUGAUCAGUGUUCAGCAGAAGAUCAGGAGUGUGUGGAGAAGGUGCUGGACUCUUUCUCUGAGCAGGUUUAUCAACACACCAUGGUGCUCACCACACAAGAGCCCACUGAAACCAAUGACAUCCUACAGAAGAUCAUUCAGAAAUGCUUCAACAGACACUUCAGUCUUCAGAGAAGCAGCUCUCCUGAUGAUCUUCUGCAGAUGUUUGAGGACAUUGUGAAAAUGAAUGAUGGACGACACCUGGUUUGUGCUGAAGGUUCACAGUAUUUCACAAUGAAGAAACAAGCCACAGAAAGACUUUCAGAGGGUGUGAAGCUGAAUCUGGUUGUGUGUGGGAGUGAUGGUACAUUAAGAUCCUCCAUAUCAGAGCUGAUCCUGCAGCAGACAGACAGAAGAUCAGACGUGGAGCUUCAUGGAUGUCAGAUCAGUCUGGUGGAGCUUCCAGCUCUGUUUAACACUCGUCUCUCAGAGGAGGAAGUGAUGCAUCAGACUCUCCACUGUGUGUCUCUCUGUGAUCCUGGAGUUCAUGUUUUCCUCCUCAUUAUUCAUGAUGCUCCACUCAAUAAUGAAGAUAAAGCAGAAAUGGAGGAGAUCCAGAGGAUCUUCAGCUCCAGAAUCAACAAACACAUGAUGAUCCUCAUAAUGCAGAGUUCAGAGCAUCAGACAGCAGAACUUAAUGACGAAACACAGUCUGUCAUUGAGAGAUUUGGAGGACGACAUCAUUUCUUUGGUCCCAACACACAAGUGUCCACAUUGAUGGAGAACAUUGAGAAGAUGCUGGAAGAAAACAGAGGAGAGUUUUUCUCCACAGAGACAUUUCUGGAGGCACAGAUGAAAAAACUGAUGAAAUCUGAAGAAAUUAAGAAGAAAAUUCAUUCACUGGAGACACAUUUACUGCCACGAGGUUCAGCAGAGAGUGAAGAUGAAGUGAGGAUUGUGCUGCUGGGAAAAAGUGCAACUGGAAACACAAUCUUAAGAAGAGAUGCAUUUACAGCAAAUACAUCUCAAGAGUCUUCAAGAGAACUCAACGGCCGACACGUUACUGUGAUCGACACUCCAGGACUGUUUGAUACUGAACUGAGUAAUGAGGAGAUCCAGAGAGAAAUCAGACACUGCAUCUCCAUGAUCCUGCCUGGACCACAUGUGUUUCUCCUACUGAUUCCUCUGGGACGAUUCACUAAAGAAGAAGCAGCAUCAGUGAAGAUCAUCCAAGAGACGUUCGGUGAGAAAUCUCUAAAUUACACCAUGGUGCUCUUCACCAGAGGAGACGAUCUGAAGAACAACACCAUUGAACAGUGUUUGGGAAAACCUGGAUCUCCUUUGAUGAAUCUGAUUGAAGCGUGUGGAAACAGAUUCCAUGUGUUCAAUAAUAAUCAGACUGGAGACCGAACACAGGUGUCUGAUCUACUGGAGAAGAUUGACAACAUGGUGACAGCGAACGGAGGGAGUUUCUACUCAUGUAAGAUGUUCAGAGAGAUGGAGAGAGAAAAACAAGAACAACAGAUGAAGAUCCUGAUGGACAGAGCCAGAGAAAGAGAAGAAGAGAUGAAGAAACUAGAAGAAGAGAUGAGACAAGAACGAGAGACAUUUAAAAAUGAAAUUGAGCAAGAAAAAGAGAAAGUAAAAACAGAAAAAGAGAAAUUUCAGAUCAAAUUCAACAAAGAAAUAGAAAGACUGAAGAACAGAACAGACAAUGAAAGACAGAAUCAUGAAACAGAGAGAAAGAAAAGGGAACAAGAGAAAGAAGAUCUGAUACUAGAAGAAGAGAAAGAGAGAAUGAAGAUGAUGAUGGAGGAAGAACGACAGAAUCAUGAUGAAGAGAGGAAGAGAAGAGAUGGAGAAUUCAGAGAGAGAGAAGAACGAUAUAAGAGAAUAAUUAAAGACGGAGAGGAAAAAGAGAAUGAAAUGAUUGAACAGAUGAAACUGGAACGAAUGCAGUGGGAGAAACAGAAACAAGAGGAAAGGCAGAAAAGAGAAGAAGAGAAGAAACAAGAAGAAGAACAGAAAUCUGAACAAAGUCCAGUUAGUGAUCAGAGGAAGAGCUGUGGGAUGAAAAUGGAGGAAAAAAAUGUGAUGUCUUUGAAUUUGGUCUUGUUGGGAAAAAACAGGGCUGGAAAGAGUUCAUCAGGAAACACAAUCCUGGGACGACAAACGUUCACAUCAAAGAGAAGCUCCAGAUCUGUCACACAAGAUGUUGCUGUGGAAUCUGGAACUGUUGGUCAAAUUUUAGUCACUGUUUAUGACACACCAGGAUUAUUUAACACAGAGCUGAAUGAUGGUGAGAUUCUGCAGAUGAUGAAUGAAAAGGUUCUUCAGAGAUGUGAAUCUGGUCCCUGUGUGUUUCUGCUGGUCAUCAAAGCUGACAGAUUCACUGAAGAAGAGAAAGAAACUGUGGAGAAGAUUGAGAAGAUGCUGGGAGAAAAACAGCUGAAGAAAACCUGGAUUCUCUUCACUGGAGGAGAUGAACUGGAGCAAGAAAACAUGACUAUAAAAGAGUUCUGUGUUGAAAAUGAAUCACUGAAAAACCUUAUUCAGAAAUAUGAUCAGAGAUACCAUGUGUUCAACAACAAGAAAAAGAAACCUGGACAAGUUCAAAAGUUAUUUAUAAAAAUACAGAAGACAUACUUUGACAUACAAGAAGGAGACCUAGAAAUGCUGAAGCUGAAUCCGCUGAUGAGAAAAAUCCCAAAAGACAUUGCUCCUGCUGACAGUCUCUCAUCCAGACGUAUUGUUCUUCUUGGUAAAAGUGGAGCUGGGAAGAGUGCAGCUGGAAACACAAUCCUGGGACAGAAAGAGUUUGACCCUGUGAUGAGUAUGACUUUAGUAACCAGUGAAUGUUCAGAUGUUCAUGUCACUGUUUCAGGCAGAUCUGUGUCUGUAGUUGAUACUCCUGGAUUCUUUGACACAAAGAUGAAACCUGAAAUAUUAGUGACAGAGAUAGCGCGAAGUGUUUAUUUAUCCAGUCCUGGACCUCAUGCUUUUCUCAUUGUGUUUCCUGUGAAUAUGAGAUUCACUGACCAGGAAGUGCAGAUUCUUCAGAUGAUUGAGAUGUUGUUUGGUCAGGAGGUGUUAAAAUACUCCAUCAUUCUCUUCUCUCAUGGAGAUCUGCUAGAAGGAGAGACAGUAGAGAAUCUCAUUAAGGAGAACUGUAGAUUAAGAGAUUUAGUUCAGCAGUGUGGAGGCAGAUAUCACGUCUUCAACAAUAAAGAUCUGAAUAACCGAGAGCAGGUGAAUGAUCUACUGCAGAAGAUUGACACAAUGAUAGAGCAGAAUGGAGGAGGACACUACAGUAAUCAGAUGUUUGAAGAUGCUCAGAGACUCAGACGAGAGGAAGAAGAGGAGAGAAAACAACAAGAGGAGAUUGAAAAAGUGGAACAGGAGACAGAGAAGAGAGUCAGAGCAGAGUAUGCAGCAGAGAAAAAAGAGGGUGCAUUUAUGGAGUUUUUUUAUAAGCAUCAAAGUUAUUUUUAUUUUGCAGCUGCUGCAGUUGCCAUUGUUUUUGGUGGAGUUCUUUCUAAAUCUGUUUUUGCUGUUGUUGUUGUUAGAGCUGGUGGUGGAACAGUUCCUGGAGCUGUUGUUGAAACUGCUGUUGGGGCAGCUGUUGUUGCUGAAUUUGUUAGUGGAGCUGUUCUUGCUGGAGUUGUUGGUGGAGCUGCUGUUGGUGUUGCUGCUGGAACUCUUGUUGGUGGAGUUGUUGGAGCUACUGCUGGAGCUGUAGGUGGAGGUAUGGUUGGUAAUGCUGCUAUUGGAACUUUUUCUGGAAUUUUUAAUGGAGCUGUUGUUGGGGCUGUUUCUGGAACUGCUGGAGGAGCUGCUGUUGCUAGAAAUGUCGAUUCCCUUACGCAUAUCUAAUUAUAAUAUAUAAUUCAUUAUAUAUAAUUUAUUUUAUGCCGCAUGCAUACUGGGAGCCAUGCAUGUGUUUUGUAUGCUGGCAUGAAGCAUCUCACCAUUGUUGUGUUUCAUAUGCUGAAUGUUGAUGUCUGUGAGAGUAUAAAUGGCACAAAACAUGUUUUAAACAGAACAUUAUCAAUGACAGUGUUAUUUAUAUACUCACAGACAAAACCCUUCACUAUCUAAAGUCCUUUUUUUAGAAAGAAAUAGUAUCUGUGAGGAUUUCCAGUCAGGAUUUAGACCAUACCAUAGUACUGAGAC